UAUAUAUGCUUCAGUGAGGAGCGUGUGCAUGUGCAUCAGAGAGCCUCUCACCUUCACCUCCUCCCUCCCCAUGUGUGACAGAGAGGCUUGACGCGGUCAUUGGUGCGUCCCUUAAACGUGUCACAACUUUUGAUGGAUUACCCCACUUCUGAGUGCUCAGGUGCGGCUCACUUCUCUCCGUCCACUCACUAGUGCGCGUCUCUCCAAACCUGCCCGAACAGAGUCAAAGCAAAGUCAACAUGCUCUCAGAGUCGUUCUCGUGGCUGCACCUGUGCAGUUUCGUGUCCGCGGUGCUGUCCACGCUGGUGGUGCUGAGCGCGCUCACGGUGAAGGGAACGAGCGCGGCCACCACGGGCUGCCCGAAGUGCGGUAUGCCGGCGAUGGAGAAGGGCGCGGAGGAACGUUACCUGGUCGAGAUAGCCAAACAGCAGAUUCUGAACAAGCUUCACCUGCGGGAGAGGCCGAACAUCACGCAGACGGUGCCGCGGGCCGCGCUCAUGACGGCGCUGAGGAAGCUGCACGCGGGCCGCCUCAGACAGGACGGAACCCUGGAACUGGACAACAACUUACCGAACUCGCGCACGAGUAACCAGGCAUACGAGAUAGUCAGCUUCGCCGAUGUCGAUGACGAGGUUUCAGGCGGUUUCGACACCAGUCUGUCGUUCCAGUUCCUGCAGGAGAAAGGUCACAGCGUGCAGGUGCUGCAGUCGUCUCUGUGGCUGUACGUCCGGCCGGCUGACGGCGCUCAUCCAGGCGGGCGCGUGAAUGCCGAAAUCUAUCUGUCGACCGCCGCCAAUCGCACUCUGCUGCUCCAGAGGAGCGUGGAGGUGUCGCGGGGCGGCUGGCACACCUUCCCCGUCACCGCCACCUUGCAGGCCUUCCUGGACGGAGGCCAGCGGCGUCUCCGUCUAGAGGUGCACUGCGAAGACGGCGGACGCAACCUGUGUAGCCGCGACGCCUCCGGCGAGCACCAGCCCUUCCUGGUGGCGCAAGUGCGUCUGCGCGAAGACCCCUCCACGCACGCCCUGAGCAAGCGCUCGCUGCGGUGCGGCGACGACGUGAGCGUGUGCUGCAAGAAAGACUUGUACAUCAAGUUCCGCGACAUACAGUGGCAGGACUGGAUCAUUGCGCCGGAGGGCUACCACAUGAACUACUGCAUGGGACAGUGUCCGCAGCAUUUGUCCGGGUCGCCCGGCAUCGCCUCCUCGUUUCACGCCACCGUCUUCAGCCAGCUGAAGGCCAACGGCAUCCAAACGGCCGUGUCGUCCUGCUGUGUGCCCAUCCAGAGACGCCCGCUCUCCAUGGUCUACUUCAACUCUCAGCACACCAUCGUGAAGACCGACGUCCCGGACAUGAUCGUCGAGUCCUGCGGGUGCACAUAGAGAACGAUCGCAGGGCACAACAAACUUUCCAUGCAUUAGCAGUACACUUAUUUAUCUGCUUUAUCAUGAGAGGUGAAACACCUUCUAAUCAAGGCUUUCUGUCUAAGCAAAGCAUAUGCAUUCUAGUUUUUUAUGAGCCCAGUCUCUUGGUACUAUAGUUCGUGCUUUCAUUUUGCAUUCUCUUUAUUGCCAGAAAUUGACUUUUACGUGCAUAUGAUGCUUUUUUCCGUGCAUCUGAUAUGCAUUUUUUGCAUGCAUACGAUAUGAAAUCUACACACCCAACCGAUUCUACCCAACGGGUAAAUUUUGUGUACCAGAUGCAUGAAAAAAAAGAAAUUUUGCAUGCAAAAUGAAAACAUGAUCUAUGCUAUAGAUACGCAGCACCAGGAGAUUAGUCAGGCAGGUUUUUAUAGAGGUUCAAAUACUCAGGGAAAUCAAAGCACGCUGGCCUGACUCGGCACGGUUACCCAACAUGACGGGUAAACAUUUAGAUAUUGCCACACGUCCCAGAAAGUAGAUGAGUAGAUGAAAGUGGCACAUCACACUGCAAAAAAAAAAAAAAAAGAUUUUCGCUUUGUAUCUUUGUCAUGUUUUCCAGUACAAUUCUAAACAUUCAUAAAUCAGGAUACAUUUACUUGAGAAGCAAAUUGAGUUAAGACAAAAUAAAGUGAGUUUACACUUAAAACAAGGGGAAGCAAAAUUGCCAAUGGGGUCAUUUUGCUUCUCAAGUAAAUGUAUCUUGAUUUAAGAUUCUCAAAAACACUAAGAUGUUUUUGCAUGCAAUGCAGUAUCUUUCUCUCACAAUAGCUCACUUUUGACUGUUUACGCUGAGCACCAGCAAAUGCAACUAAACAUUAUGUAGUACUGGCUUUCUUUUCAAGCUGCUUAUUCAGUUCAAACAGAUACACUUACUUUUUUUGUAAUAUUAAUAAUAAUAAUGUUUUAUUUAUAUAGCGCCUUUGCAAAAGCUGUACAAUUAAUGUACGAUAAUCUACAAACAGUACAAUACUCUACAUUGUACAUGUUACAAGUGUAUUUUUGCCAUGUUUUGGUGUGUAUUUUGUCUCGUGUCUUAUGUUGUUUCGUUUGAAGCACUUCCUAGGGAUGCAUAUCAGUGUGGGGAAUCACUGCAUCGGACGGGUUUGGGCUCACAGCAUUCUGCAACUGCACUUUAUAUGUUAUUUUGCGUAGUUAGUACGAAUCAAGUCAUGCGAAUCAAAUCAAAUACAUGUGUUUUGUUUAUUUUUGCUUCGACAAAAAUAAUACUGUAACUUGUGGCACAAUAUUAAAGCUCUUAGACGGAGCAGUAACUCACUGAGAUUCUAUAAUUUUUUAAUAAAGGAAUAUUUUCUUAUAAGUGGGAGAGCUUGGAAAUGUGUACUGUAUUGUACGAUGUAAUUUUGCUGAAUGUGUGAUUUUAAAAAUAAAAAUUUUACCUACUA